AUGGACGCCAUUGAGAGCAGGAAAGUGACGAAUUUGAGGGUGAAUAGUUUCAGCAUUGAGAACCUGCUGAAGCCCCAGGUCGUGUCCAGUCGAUCUCCAUGCAAUCUGCACAGCAGUGAGUUGAUCAACUAUUGCAGUGGCAACACAGACGAGAUCCUGGACAAUACCAGUGAGGCAGCCUCCGAAGACGGUGGCUGUACUAAUGGAAGUGAUGAUCGCAAGAAGAGGCCCCGGACGGCGUUCUCGGCGUCCCAGAUCAAGGCGCUGGAGGCGGAAUUCGAGCGCGGAAAGUAUCUUUCGGUGGCUAAGAGGACAGCUCUGGCCAAGCAGCUUCAUCUGACCGAAACUCAGAUCAAGAUCUGGUUCCAGAAUCGCCGGACAAAGUGGAAGAGGAAGUAUACGGCCGAUGUGGAGUCCCUGGCGUCUCACUACUACGCGCAGUUGGGAAUCGGAGGCCUGGCGCGGCCCAUGGUCGUGGGCGAUCGCUUGUGGCUCUUCAGCCAGACUUCUGGCGGCCCAGCGCCUGUGCAGUCCGUCCUGCUGCCCAACGCCCCGCCGCUGAUCUCGCCGCCGGGCAUCCCGCGUCCGCUGGCGCCGACGGCACGCACCGCAAGACCGCCCUCGCGAGGAGCCUUCAUCUCGCGUUCCUCGUCGCCUUACCCACCCAAAAUCCCAGCCUCGCACUUGCAUCCAGCUUACGACCAGUACUUGUCGCCUCAUCCGCCCGCCGGGAAAUUCUUCAGCCCGGGAUCGCACUUAGACUACAGCUCAAGACCCUAUCAUCCGCACGAGCGCUUCAACCACAUCCUCGUGGCGCCUUCGGCUGAGUUUCCUGGCUCGUCCUCGUCGGGAAUCGCCGAUCUCGAGAGGGUAUUUGGCAGCCACAGCGAUCUGAUUGGCGACAAAGUGGCGCAAAUCACUCCGGACGCUGUCGCGAAAGACGCCAGAAUCACAGACGAAAGCGAUCAGAGCGACAUUGAUUGUGAGCAGAUCGACGAUCAGCAGGAAUCGUGAAAGGCAAGGUGUUCAGC